AUGGUAAAGCGGGAGACCACGUAUCGUGUGCCCGAGUUUUAUUCGUGGAGGCGGCGGUUGGACUCGCAGGCCGACUACAUUUUACAGCAGUUGGGAUUACGAUUAGGGAUGUGGUACUGGAAAGAUGAAACCAGAACUCUUGAAUUCAGAAGAUAUGUCACAGAAGGUUCAGUCGAGUAGCUCCUGAAACAUCAUACUUAUUUUACACCUGCAGUAGAACUCAGAGAAAGAGGAAAGAAAGGCAAAGCAGUUCACUUUGCUGAAAUUGAUGGUCCAGCUUCAGACAGGUUGACAGAUAAAAAGUUUGCUUUAAGAGACGACAAGUCACCCAAAGGCUUAGAGAAACGAAGUCAGCAGGGCAAUGUUACACUCCACGAUGCUAAAUUUGUCGCUUUGCUUUUGCUACAAGAUACUGAGAUGCAGCAUAUCUGUUCUUUUACAACAUUUCUGAGGAAUAAGAAUCUUGACAAUUUCCUCAUGGCAUUGUUGUACUAUUUGUAUUAUUACUUGGAAAAAAUCUCACAGGAAAAGAAACCCAAAAGUUGUGUGGUGGGCCUUGUAGAGAAAAAAGAGAUGGAAUUGGUUAUCAGUAAGUUAGAAGCAGCACAGAAAUACUUGGCACAGAAGUACUGUGUCCUUGUCCUGGGCUCGGGAAUGCCUGAUAAGCAUCACAUGUGCUGCGGAAAGGGGAAAAUAUCAGAUACACAAAAAGACUGGAAAUUCUUUGAGUCCUUUUAUACUUUCUGUACGUAUGUAGCCUGGAUUGUCUUCCGACAUCAACACUUCACAGAGAUUGAGGAAGAAAUAGGAAGGCUCUUUCGUUCCGACAUGUUCAACAUUCCUCGAAGGAAGCGCGAGGAUGAAGAGUCAGGAGGGGAAAAGAAACGCAUGACUUUUGUACAAUUCAGGAGAAUGAUGGCAAAGCGCCCAGCGAUGAAAAAAGCCAUUAACAUGCGCUCUCCAGUCAUAUCUACUCUGCUGCCCUCUCUCAGAGAAAAAGCUCAGAAUAUCUCUGAGAAAAAGUACCGUCAAGUAGGCAUGAAAUUCCCAGUCCGGAUGCAAGAGCACAAGGAAAAUCUGGACUCUGUGCACAUGCCAAUAGUUGGCAUCCUGGGGGAGCCUCGAUGUCAGUUCAACCCCCAUACCCUUAUCCCCCUCGAUACAGAGGAAAGCAUGAAGUCUGGGAGACAGUCUUCCAUGAUAGAAAGAAAUAACAUGAGGAUUCAGGAUACACUGGACUUAGUCAUGAGAACGCUGUCCUCUCAAACAUUCCCUAAAUAA